AUGCCACCACCAACCCAGUUCCAACAGCAAAUCUCCGCCCCCUCCGACACCAUGUCCGUCGCAGCCCGAGGCUUCGCCAUCGGCGGCUCGCGCUUCCUCUGCAUAUCCCUCAUCGCACACAUGCUCCUCACACGCAUCCACCCUGUCUAUCGACGUCUCACCCCGCAGUUCAAAGUAUUCAUACAACUUUCUUCGGGUAUGCUGGGAGGGUGUAUAUUCGCGGAGAGGGCGGUGACGGACUAUAACGAUAGCAUACGGAGGAGAAAUCGAGCGUUGGAGAGAAGUCGGAAGGCAUGGAGUGAGGAGAUGGAGAUCCGAGAGAGGAUUGAGAGGGAGAUUGAGUUGGAGGAGCAGGCUGAGGCGAGGGCGGCUGCUAAAGGGUGA